AAUUUUAUUAAUUAAAAAUGAAACAUAAGAUUGGUGAAGAUUUUAGCCAUUUUGCGAUUUUAUCAAAGUACGACGUAAAUCGUAUUAAAGAAAUAAACAAUUAAAAAACAUAAUCAAUACCGUAAAAGUGUUAGUUUUUCUUGUCUGGUAAUGAUUUAGCGAUGACGAUGUCUGAUGGAGUAGUCCACCCAUAUUAAUUAAUGAUGAAUUUGAAAGAAAAAAGUCUUCGCAAUGUUCAAAACUGUCGUGUGUAAAAGCUGUUGGCUUCAAGCGCGACGUGAUCGAUACGCAAUCGUUCUGCCGAGUAUUUCCGAAGUUAUCCGUAAAGAAACGAAGGUAACCGAAUAUUAACGAAGUUGGUCGAGGUAGUAUAGUGAGCAAACGACGCGUACGGAAGAACGCGGGGUCUUCUCCGGCUUGGAUUGAAACAGCGUUCGCGUCUACGGGCGCGGUUUUGCGUCUCGAGCUGGCGUUUUACAUGGUAAAAUGUCCUCCCUCGAUUAUCUGGACUUGUGUCGAUUAUGUCUCGUGAAGGACCGUGUUUCGGUGCCAAUUUUCGAGGGUGAAGGAGACGUACGACAAAUAUUUCUCAAGAUCGCUGCCUGUCUACCGGUCAAGCUUACAAGAGAAGAUAAGUUACCUAAGAAGAUAUGCGAUGAUUGUGUGUAUAAAGUAGAAUUAUUUUAUCAAUUUUGGAAUACAACAGCAAACGCAGAAAAACAACUUUUGCAAUGGCUAGGAGAAGUCAGUUUAGAAGACAAACAGGGUUAUGUUACCAAUGUUCUCAAUCCGAGUGUAAUGAAACAAGAACAGAGUACAGAGAACAGGUUAGAUGGCAAUGUGAUGCAGCAAGUAGAGGAGCAUCAAAACAAUAUGGGGAUGGGUAUGAUGGAUAACAUGGGUUUGGGUAUUCCCAUGAUAAUAUCCAGUGCUAAUCAACAACAAAUCACCUCAGUUCCUAUGGACACCAGCAGCAAUUCUGUACAAACUAUUCAGGCAGUACCUGGUCCAAGUUCACAAACUACACAUAACCAAAUACCACAGAAUCAAACAAACUCUACGCAACAAGAAGAUGAAGAGGAAAGUAGUGAAGAUGAAGAAAAUUCUGACGAAGAAUGCGAUGGAGAUGAAGGCCUACCUGUAAAAGAAGAAAGUGAAGAAGAUCCCAGCAAUAGAACCAUAGAGCCUACUACUUUUGUAAAUGUUUCCUUGGCAUGUGAUGAAGCAGGUCCUUCAGGACUGCAGCAACAGAAGAUCUCAGAUAUGCCUGAGAUGCCAAUUCCACAGCCAGCUGAUGGGGAUCCCAAAUCUGGGUACAACCAGCUACCUUUCUCCGAAGAGUAUUACCCGAUGGCGAUGUUGACGAAGCUCGAGCUGGUGAAGAAGGACGUGGACGCUACGUCGCCUGUAAAAACCGGAGACACGGACGUUGCCAACAACUCGUCCUUUCCACCCGUGCCCCUGAACCCGGAGCAAAGCUUCAUCAAGCAAGAAGUGGCCGACGAGAUCGACGAGGAAGAUCUGCCCCUCGCGUACCACUGCAAGAUCUGCGGCGUGUUCUUCGCCUCGCAGGCUUUACUCGACAAUCACGAGAUCGAGCACAAGAGUAAACGGAAGAACACGUGCAACCAGUGUGGAAGAGUGUUCAGAACGUACGUGAACUUGCGGAAACACAUGAAGAAGCACAACGGGCGGAAAGGUGGCGGGCGCAAGGCGAACAACGCGUCCACGGUCGCCAAUCGUUCCAACAUAAAGGUGAAGAAGGAGAAGCCCGAGAUGGAGUUCGUGUGCAAAACGUGCAACAAGGUGUUCAGACACAAGAGCAACUACCAGAAACAUCUGAUGCGGCACACGGUCGGGGAUCUCACGUGCAAACACUGCCCCAAGAAGUUCCGCCUGUUCCGUGAUCUGACCAGGCACGAGAAGACCCACUUCUAUCCUAGCUACAUGUGCAAGGAGUGCGACUACGAGACCACGGUGCUGGCCGCCCUAAGCAUUCACAUGUUGCGCCACACCGACAAGAACGAUCUACCCUUCCAGUGCAACGACUGCGACAAACGUUUCCGCAAAGCGAUCGAUCUGCAGGAGCAUUACAACAUACACUCAGGGGACAAGCCUUUCGCCUGCCAGUUAUGCGGCACCGCCUUCUAUCUCAGGCGACAACUGUCCGCCCAUUGCAGGCGUAUGCACCCGGAGAUGAAGGCGAACAAAGUGACGAGCACGGCGUGCGACAUCUGCGGCCGAGUUCUCGCAACCAAGAGAUCCUUGUUCCGGCACAAGGAGAGCCACAAUCCCACCAAAUUGUACCUGUGCGAUUACUGCGGCAAGAGUCUGAGCAGCGCGGAACAUUUGAAGAAGCACAGGCGCAUCCACACGGGGGAGAAACCGUACGUGUGCGACAUCUGUGGUAAAGGUUUCACGGAUUCGGAGAAUCUCAGGAUGCACAGAAGGGUGCACACGGGGGAGAAACCGUACAAAUGCGACCAGUGCCCGAAAGCUUUCUCGCAGAGGUCGACGUUGACCAUCCAUAGGCGGGGUCACACGGGGGAACGGCCGUACGUGUGCCAGAUCUGCAACCGUGGUUUCUCGUGCCAGGGCAACCUGACGGCCCAUCAGAAGUCGACCUGCGUGUAAACGCGACGAGUGCCUUUCGUCGUCGUCGUCGUCGUCGUCGAGGGUUAGAACUCUGAGAGAUCGUCGUCUCGAGAGUAAUACCAUCCGUGUUGUCGUCUUCGAGACUCUGGUGCUUCGAUAACACUGCAGGAACAUUUAUGAUUGCGCGACUGUGCAAGAACGACGAUGAAACGAAAGAAGUGUGUGAUCAUGGAUUAAUCUCGACCAAUGAAGAUUAAGAAUUAAAGAAGCCGUACGAAAUCGAUCAAAUGAAUCUUCUUCUUCUUUUUUUUUUUUUUUCUUUUCUUUAUUUUUUUUUCUUUUUUUUUUUUUUUUUCCUUUUCUUUUUUUAUACAUAUACGCUCACGAUACCUUUUGUCAAUCGUGUACCAUUGCAUUUGCGACUGAAAUUGUAUUAUUUGUUUAUUGUUACGAUGUUCGAUGAUUCUUUUUGAAAUUCUUUAUUGUUUUAAUAGCGUUAAGAAUAAUGGUUUUCUUCGUAAGGCAAUAUUAUUUUUUGUCGAUUAGUCGCUCUCUUUCGUUUCUGUUAGCUGUGUGACCAAUUUAAAAUUCAUGUGUUGUACAGCAAACAACGUUCGUUCGAUUAACACUUUCGCUGUUACUGAAGUAUAUAUAAUCUGUGCUUAUUAUUCAUCGAUCUUUAUCUAAGAAUUCCUUGUUACUUCCUUACGCCUUUGU